CUGCUUCCCAAGAAACCUCCUAUCAGAAGACACCACCACCACCACUACUAACUGCAGCAGAAGUAGCCACGAGGUAACACUUCAAGUCGAAAGGCUACAAAUUUUUGGGAAAUCCCAACGGACCUCCAAAAAUAAAGUGAAAAUGCUGAUUGGACUGUUCUUCGUCCUUUUGUCUUCCGUCACUGCUGAAGAGAAAGAUGUAACGCUUCCGAGAUUGAACGACACAAAAGCCACAGAGGCCUUCAUCGACUCUGCCGAAGUGGUGGUGAUUGGAUUCCUGGAGGGAGAAGAGAGUCACGGUUACAAAGAGCUUGUGGCGGCAGCAAAGCGCGUGGAUUCAGUCUCUGUGGCUAUUUGUGUUUCGAAAGAGGUGUGGGCUGACUAUGGCAUUAAAUCAGACACCAUCACUCUUUUCAGAAAGGCCGAUAACCACCAAGAGAACCUCGUGAUUGCCGAGGCCGAGAAGGUCGAGACUGACGGUCUUGUGAACUUUAUCAUUGUGAACGAGGUCCGCUACAUGACCGAAUACAACCAAGUGACAGCUGUGGGCCUCUUCAACUCGGAGGUGAAGACUCACCUCUUGCUCUUUGCCAACAAAGGGCGCGAAGGAUUUCAUGAGCUCAAAGAGCAGUUGGCGGCUUUGGCUCCAGAGUUCACUGACAAGUUCUUGUUCGUGCUCAUCAAUGGUGCUGAAGACUCCAACUUCCGCUCCUUGCGCUACUUUGGGCUCAAAUCUAAGGACCUCCCACGUGUGGGCAUCUACGAUGGUGACUCCGAUAUGAAGUGGCUGAUGCCCGAGGGCGACAUUUCUCCCGAGCGUGUGCGAGACUUUUGCAACUCUUUCUUGCGAGGGGAACUGAAGGAGGUGAAACAGGCCGGAGCAGAGGCCAAAACAGAGCUCUAAUGCUGUUCAAAGAUGUGAAUGACCCAUAUUGUUGUAAAGUGAAUUCAAUAAAAAAAAA